GUACAAAAUUAACAUCACAAAAAUAUGACACUAAUUAGAAACAUCACAAAAGAAUUUAUCAAAAAUAUUCGUUCGGUGCAUUAUAUACAAGGACAAGAACCUCAACCAAAAAUUCGCGAAUAUUUUUACUAUAUUGAUCAUGAAGGUAUGCUCUUCUUAGACGAUUCCAAAAUGAAAAAUUUUACAUCAUGUUUCAAGGACAAAAAAUUUUUAAAGUUUUUUUUUGACCGGAUCCGUUUAAACGAAACAGGAAGAUACAAUGAUUUUCCAUUCUUAUCCCUUUGUGGCCGUGAACGUAAUUUUAUAAGAUGUGAUGAUUUACCUAUUGUAUAUACACAUUUAAUUAAAAGCAAGGAAGAAAAAUAUAAAUUAUCGUACGCUCACGCAGGUGAACUUUUAACUACUAAUUUCCAGCCUGAAAAAAUUUAUAUGAACCCGGUAUCUGGGCGGGUCUACCAUCCUGCUUGGGAAAAAGUAGGAAAUAUUGGACUGAUUCGUUCAAAAUUAGCAAUAGAACUGAGUAAAAAUUUUGAAUUUAAAAAUGGAGAAGCAUCACCACCUACACACUUUCAGUGGGAAGGCAACAUCAUUACCCUAAACACAAAAUGGGUUGAAAAUAGUAUACUUAGUAAAACUUACAUAAAAAAAUAGAUUUUUUAAUUUCGUGAUAUAGUUAUGUACAUAUCUUAAUAAAAAUUAACAUUAACGCUCUUAUUUACCUACCUGUUUAUAUAGUUUUAACUUGUAGGAAUAAGAAAAAAAGAAUAAAUCCGAAAUAGUUUGAAUU